AUGGACUCCGAGAAAGUUAUGGAGCUCUUCGAUUUUUGCUGGUUUGAGAUGAAAAUCUUUGAAAGACCUACAAGUUAUUCAACUUUUGAAGCUAACCCGGAUCUCCAAAUCGAACAAAAUUCAUCGAAACUUGAAGAUUUUUCUCGCAUCCCUACGAUUCAUAGAAGGUCCAUGAGUGCUCAGUUGAGCUCGGAUUCAAGCUUCGAUUCGUUUUCUCUUUCCCCAAACUCGGUUCUUUCCCCGAGGAAGAACUCGGUUCUUUCCCCGAGGAAGCUUCGAACCAUUUUCUCUGGAAAAGAAAUUGUGGAAGAUGAAGAAGAUCAACCAAAACAAGCUCAUGUUGAAGAAGAACAUGUUUUCGAGAAAAAAGCUGUCAAACCGCGUAGAAAGAAGAGAAGCAGUGAAAGUAAGAGCUUAUCGGACUUGGAAUUUCAGGAGCUGAAAGGCCUGAUGGAUCUCGGUUUCGUUUUCACGGAAGAAGAUAAUAAAGAUUCAAGAUUGGUGGAGAUUGUUCCCGGGUUACAGAGAUUGGGGAAAAAAGAUGAAACAAUGGAGAGUAGUGUUGAAAAAUCUUCUGUUUCGAGGCCUUAUCUCUCAGAAGCUUGGGAUGUUAUGGAUAGCAGAAGAAAAGAAAAUAAUCCAUUGAUGAAUUGGAAAAUUCCUGCUUUGAGUAAUGAGAUGGACAUGAAAGAUAAUCUCAGAUGGUGGGCUCAUACUGUUGCAUUAUCUGCAGUUAGAUGA